AUGUGCCUGUCUUCCGAGGACGAGCUCGGUGACGAUGGCAUGACUUUAGGUCGUCUGAUUGCUCCUUGCCAUUGCGACGGAAGCAUGCGAUACGUCCACGACACCUGUCUCGAUCAGUGGCGUCGCAAAUCGGCCGCUACCGAAGCUGCGCGCGUUUGCGGACAGUGCCAUGCCCGCUACCGCUUCAAACGGACGCCCUACUCGAAUCUGAUGGCCUUUGUGCAGGCCAGCCAAAUGCUCCGCAUCCUCUUUUGCGUCUUUGUCGUAUUCGCCGCAUCCCUCAUCUUGGGCGUCGCUGCCUUGGUAUCUCUCCGCACAAUCGCCUCCCUCAAAGCCACACCACUAGCCUUCGUCAGAGAUGCAGCCCUUCGCACAGUGCAGCUCGACAAGAGACCCUGGAACAUCACCCUCCAUCAAGACGAAGCGGUGGCAGACGUCUGGGUCCCCUCGGAUCUUUUGCAACUGAGCCGAGGCGGCCUCAACUUUCAUAUCGACCACGAGAUCUACGAGAGAGCCGAUCUAGAGGUUUUUGCCCGCAUCCGUCAACAAGAACUUCACAAUCCGACCUACUGGAAGCUCGUCAAGCGUCCGCUCUCGACCUGGCGAAGCAACUACACAGACAAUAUGGUCAUCCGUGCCAAGCUUCAAUCCGGUGAAAACGUCUCCGAAGAGCUUGACCGCAUCUCUCGCGGUCUGCCUCUGUUUCCCUUGGACGACUGGUACCGUGAUGCGAGUCCAGCACGAUUGGCAAACUCGUCGACAGCAGCGGCUGCUUCGACGUCAGGUUUACAGACGCCGUUCAGUCUAGCACCUUCUCUCCGCGAGAGACUCGUUGGUCCCGACUUCAAGUUUGGCUUUCACUUGCCCUUCCUCUCCUCGAGACGCAACGUAGAUCACGAUGCUGCGGAUCAAGACGAGGUAGAACUUUGGCAGCGACAAAACAUGACCAUCAAGUGGGUGUACGAGGAGUCGCCCGGCGACAUCAUCCCCGAUCCUGCCGAACACUUUUUGGUCCGUGCGCUUCCCGAAUGGCUUGGCUUUGCACGCUACAUCCUGUACGGCUUUGUGCUUGCCAUGGUCGACCGCUUCUACUUUGUGAUUGGCGUCUUUCAGCCGUGGUGGUCGUCGAUCGCGAGGUCAGCGUUGCAACUUGCGCUGCUGUUGCUGGAGUCUCACAGGGAGCUGCUGUGGUGCGCGAGCAAAGCGGCUGUCGCGGGGCUCAUCGCGUAUAUCGACGUCGAAUUGGAGCCUGUCCGCUGGAAUCCGGGUAAUGCGGUGAUCAUUGGACCGCCGAGAACGCGUCGGCGAAAGAUUGCCGCGGUGGUCAGGGAUGUACUUGUGUCUGCAGCGGACAGCGUCUUUGGUCCUCUGUGGCUCAACUGGUGGGGCGGGUAUUCUCUGUCCGUAUACAUGGCACCACGGCAAUUCAUGACGACCGAGCGGGUGGAAUUGACCCAGCUCGCUGCCGUGUUCGCUCCCGCGAUCACCUUGCUCGUCGACGUCGCCGUGGGCGGGCUGGGCUCGUUCAGCGAUCGAGCCGCCAGAUUCCAGAAAUCGCACACUACCAGAUGGACACACGCAGAUUGGGUACACAACGACUACUCUGCAUCCGAAGGCUACCGUCGCAUGAUCGCGACGCUGCUGGGUGACGACGACGCCAGACAAGCAUCGCUAUACGAUCUCUGGCUGGAGACGAGUCGGUCGCGCCUGCUUCCGGGACGGACACGGCCGCUUCGGAUGGCACUGAUGCCCAAGCUCGACACGUGGAGGACGGUGAUGCUGCUCGGAUGUCUGUUGACGACCACCGUGGCGCUGCUGAUCGCUACGAAGCUGGCGUGGGAUACGACCAUCUCCCACUUUGCGAGGCAAGCGUGGCGUUCGCUGGUGUGCAUCUAUCAGCUCAUCAUGCAUUCGGGUGAUAGCUUCCGUCAGCUCUGGCGACAGACGUGGCAGACGUCGCUAUCGAUCGCUCGUUACACGACUCGCAAGGUCGGUGCUUUGGCAGGUCAGCUCUGGCGAAGCGUCAAGAGGCUGAUACCGGGACAUCGAGAUGUCAGUGCUGACGGCUCGAACGAUGCAUUCGAUCGCGAUGCGAGCGUCUCUGGGAACCAAGAGCCGCAGGAGCAACCAGCACAACAACCGGCGCCAGCGAUACCGGAGCCGCUCCAGAACGAUCCCUUCCUGCAGGGCUCUCACAUCGGACUGUUCGGCGCCAUCCUGGGUCACGUCGCAUCCAUCUACGGCUGCAUUCACGCAUUCGUGUUUACAAUGCGCUUCAUCUUGGUCUACCUGCCCUUUGAACCGUUCAUGAUCAUCUAUACGAUGUUGCAGAAGCUCAUUCAGGUGGACGUAGCCAACACCGAGGUGCUGGGCAGGGAAGAUCGGGCGUGGUAG